AUGCAUUCCAACAUUCUCACUCUUGCUCUUUGCGUCCUUGCCGUUCCGGCUUCGGUCUCUGCUCGACCGAAUGCAAUUUUGCUUUCUGAGCGCAGUAUUGUGCCUGUUGCGAGGGCUGUACACCCAAUCAGUCUUCGCCGCCGCAACCAACGUGCUCAGCUUCAGCAAGUCAGUUGCAGCACUCCCGUAGCUGCUGAGGCUGGUAAGGAGGUAGCUGCUGGAGCUAAAGAGAAGGAGGCAGCCCCUGUAAAGCAGAAAGAGGCUGCUGGUGCCAAGGAGGAGGCUGCAGCAGGUGCGAAAGAACAGGAAGCUGCAGCAAAAGAGAAAGAAGCUGCAGCUAAAGAGAAAGAAGCGGCGGCUGGUGCUCAGGAAGGAGCUAAGGAAGGCGCUGCCGAAGGCGAAGCUGCAGCUGGAGAGGAAGAGGCAAAAGCGAACGAAGUCGAGAUCGAGAGUGCAUUCGACACCGCAGUCCCUGUCGAAGGCGGAGACUUGAAGCAAGAUCUUGUCUUCACACCCAGCACCGUCGGUAAAUUCGAGUUUGAAUUCCAGUCCGCUGCGGCCGACGAGAUCACCGUGACCGAAAACGCCGGCGCUGCUGCUGCCGCACCACCCACAGGCUUCGAGGCCAUUGAGCCCAACUCUUACAAGGUCGCACUCUCAGUCAGCAAGGGCGCUGGUCUGACACUGAGCAAGAUCGAUUACAUCUUCGAUGCGGCUGCCGCCGGUCUCGCUGGCAAAGACGUGACUAAGGCCCAGGUUGGCAGACUCUGCGCAGAGACGGGCUCCUUUGUCAUUAGCAGCCUCCUUGGAGAGCUUGAGUUUGAGCUUGAGGAGAACGAGGUCACACUGAACUUGAACAAGAACGUCACUGCUGAGGGCGAGUGGGGUAUCUUCCUUCCCGUCGCCGCCGCUGCUGCUGCUGAGGGCGCUGCUGGAGCCGCAGAGCAAGAAAAGGCUGCUUUAGAAGCUGCGCAGAAGGAAAAGGCUGCUAUGGAGGCUGCUCAGAAGGAGAAGGUCGCUAUGGAGGCAGCACAAAAGGAAAAGGUUGCAAUUGAAGCCGCGCAGAAGGAAAAGGUCGCCAUGGAGGCCGCGAAGAAGGAAAAGGCCACCGCAGAAAAGCAGAAGAAGCAAGAAGAAAAAGUCGCCGCUGAGACAGCCAAGAAGGAGAAAGCAUCUGCCGAGGCUGGCAAGGCUGCCCAUGAGAUGCGCGAUGAUUAG